AUGCGAACCACGUGGUCGCAAAUAGAAGAGGAGCAGCAGGCGACCUCAGACGACCUGGCCCGGCUGAAGCUGGACACCGAGGAGUGGUGCCGGUCAGAGCGAUCAAAGAUCGAAAACGAGUGGAAGCGCCUGGAUCGGCUCCGUGAGCGGAUGAGUAUCCUCCCUGGAGCUUCCCGCGAGGUGCUCGAAAUAAACUGCUCUGGUGAGUUGCUGUUCCUUCCAAAGCGGGCUCUGUGCCACAUCGAAGGAAGUUACUUGAAUCACAUGUUCAGCGAUGCCUAUGUGCAGAGUGUACCCCGCGACGACGAGGGCAGAUACUUCUUGGACUUCAAUCCGGUCUGCUUUGGCAUCAUUGUGGACUGGCUCCGACAGCUGGAGGACAAGCCUGACCUGCCGGUUCCGCGAGUGCCAGAAAGCCAGCAGCUGAACAUGGAUUUGUUGGCUGAAGCGCUGAACCUGAGGCAGUUCAUUUGCGGGAAUUGCAUCAAGCUCCAGCAUGCCACAUCGCUGAAAGUGCGAGGCAAUGUUGUGGAGGCAACUCACGCGGGUUGGCAAGUGAUCUCCGCCGAGCAUCCCUUGAAGAUGUCAGGCAACUCCUUUUUCGAGGUGAGGAUCCUCAAAAACCCUGAUCCGACAACGGAUCGACUUGCUAUUGGCCUGUGUGGGCACAUUCCAUCCGGGCCUGAGGUACACAGUGUGCGCAUCAAAGAUGCGUUCUUGUACAAUAGCAACAUUGGAUUAAUCGGUGAUGUGGUGGAUGCCAACAACUGCCAGGAGAAGAUUCAGUUCGUUGAUGGCAUGACCUUGGGUGUUAGGCAUGACAUCCAAACCAGAAUGACGCAUUUCUACGUCAACCGGGCGUCCAUUGGAUCCUGUGCGCUCAGAGAUGAUGCGCUUGAGCGGAUGCCGGUGCUGUAUCCGGUCUUUGCUCUGCAUGCAGCUGGGCAGAAGAUCGAGGUCGAUUUUACUCUAAGCGGACCUUUGGCUUCACGACGGCCUGAUGCUGCACAAGUGGCAGAAGCUGUGCUGGGAACAGCCCUGGACGAGUCCAGUGCAGGCAGGCAAGGCCAUUGGCCCUGUGCAUUGAUGCACUCCCUGCCAGUUGUCAUCGACAUGGUGCGCCCGAUGUGCUCUACGGGUUAG